UGGAAGCGGUCUUAGUCAAGAUGAUGGGAGGAUGAAGAGACUGUACCUGCUUUUGCUGUUGUGCACUAUGACGGUGGUUGCUCUGCCUGCAGCGUCGGAUUGGUCGGACUGCCCGAGCGCGUGCCGCUGUGUCUGGGUCUACGGCAAGAAGUCGGUCCUCUGUCCGGACGCCGGCUUCACGACUGUCCCCUCCGUCCUCCACGCGGAGACCCAAGUCCUGAACCUGAGCGGCAACGCCAUCCCGUACCUGGCCAAGGACGCCUUCAUCAGCGUCGGCCUGCUCAACCUCCAGAAGAUCUUCCUCAAAGCCGCCGGCGUCCGCGAGGUCCACCGCGACGCCUUCAAGGACCUCAAGAUCCUCGUCGAGGUGGACCUCUCCGACAACGCCAUCUCCACCCUCCACCGGGACACCUUCACCGGCAACGAGCGCCUCCGGGUCCUCUGCCUCAGCGGCAACCCCAUCUCCGAGCUCCGCCCCGCCCAGUUCCCGCCCCUCCCCCACCUCAAGCACCUCGAGCUCCACAACUGCCGCCUCGCCUCCGUGCACAGGGACGCCCUCCGCCACGUCACCAACCUGGAAUACCUGAACCUCAGCGGCAACCGCCUCGAGACCAUCUCCGAGACCGUCUUCCGCAACACCUCCAACCUGAAAACCUUGCAUUUAUACAGCAACAGGUGGCGCUGCGACUGCCACCUGGCGAGCUUCCGGACGUGGCUCCUGGCGUCCAAGCUCUACUCGCGCUCGCUCCAGUGCUGGGAGCCGACCGAGCUGCUCGGCAAGAACUGGGAGGAGGUCAACGUCGUGGAGUUCGCCUGCGCCCCGUGGGUGAGCGUCGAGGAGAAGCGAGAGCAGAAAGAGAUCGGCGGCAACGUCACGUUCCACUGCGAGGUCCUCGGUGAUCCGGAACCCACGGUCAGGUGGCUCCAGAACGGCAAGGACGCCGCCAACCUUAGCGAAAGCCACGAGCAGGUCCUCCUCCUGGAGCAAGAAAGCAUCGACCAGGAGGACCAGGAUCAAACGAAGAAGCGAACGUCUCUAACAGUGCUCAAUAUCUCGGAGUCGCACGCCGGCGAGUACACGUGCGUGGCGGUGAACCUCCGCGGCUCGGCCAACGACAGCGGCUCCUUGAUCCUCCCCGAGAAGGCCGACGGGAUCACCUACUCGCGGACCGAGUCCUGGUACUUCCACAUCGUCUGCGCCGUCGUCUCCGUCGUCUCCGUCCUGGUCGUGGCCGCCAGCACCUGCUGCUACUGCCACCUGCGACGCCGCGGCGAGUCCCGGCGGCACCGGCGGAAAGCCAAGCUCAUGAGCUCGAUGAGCUUCAACGACCAGGAGAAGAAGCUCCUGGACGUGAGCAUCGCCACGUCGACGGAUCGGCAGACCGGGAGCCUGGACGGGAUCAGCUCCCACGCGGACAUGGAGAUGCUGGAGCAGUCGAUGCAGUCGAUCCCGUUGGAGCCGCCCGUUCACAUCACCAUCGAGUCGCACCCGCCGACGGACCCCAACGCGGCGCUCGUCUACCCGCCGCCCCCGGAGUUCUCCACCUCCAUCCUCCCGGCCGGGGCCUUCGGGAACAUCUUCAUCUCGGUCUCCGUCAACCAGGAGCCGCACAGCCCGUGUCCCUCGGACAUCACCAAGUACCCUGACCUCUUGGACAUCAACCCUAGCAAGUCCACCGUGAGCGUGGGCACGGGGCCCAACACCCCGUUGACGCAGUUCUACACGACGCUACCGCGACGGCCCCGCUUGAAGCCCGGGCCCCCGCCGCCGGGGAUCCUCCGCUCAGGGCAUCCGCGGCUGACCUACGACAACAUGGGUCCCCGGGUCACCGCUGACGGUAGCUCCACGCUGUCUCUUCCUGAUUCGGCCUCGCAAGAGGACCUUAGCUCUUCCAUCCCUACCCCUCCUCCUCCCCCGCCCUCACUACCUCCAACCCUCUGCUCGUCGAUGACCGUCGAGUAUGUCGCUUUAUAGCUGCCUCCGCCUCACGACUUUUCCAUGUAGGGUUACAUGAUCAGCUGUCGGUACGGGAAACUUCCAUCGGUGGAUUCAAGUCGGGUUUCAUGCCUCCUUUUAUACCUGAAUUUUCCUUCUCAUAAAUUGGUAUCCGUUUUAUUCUUGAUAGUUUUUCGAUUUUUUUAUUGAUGGAUUAAUCGAAUCUUCGGAGCAUUGAUAAUUCAUUAAUCGAUUAACAAUCUAAUCGAAUCAAAAUCAAUCGAUUAUUCAAUUUAAAAGUGUGUAAAUUUUCAAAAUAACAACCUGUACAACGGGAUACCCGCCAGGGUUCCAAGGUGUAAAUCAGCAGGUGCACUGGAUUUGAGAAGGAAAAAUCAUAGGUGCUGAACAUUUUUCACGAUACUGUAGCAAAUUAAUGGCAUUGAAAGACAUUUGAUGAAUUAAUUGACUAAUUGCCAACCGAAAAACUCAAAUCCUUAAUUCCUCCCUGUCGGAAUAAAAGAGUUUUUACUAAAAUUGCUUCGGCACCAGUUGAUUUUGCGUCAGAUUCAACAAACUGUUGAGGGAUAAGUGUUGAGGAGAAAAACGUGAGUUCUUGAAAUAACUUGUAUUGAAAAACGUAUUCAGAGAGAUCACAAUUUCACAACACCUUCUCAUAUUUUUCCCUCGUAUUUUAAAAUUUUCAUUUAACUCUCACUAGUCUCAUUUGGGAUGGCUGGAUUCAGUCCACUUUUCAACUUUUAGUCUUUAUCCUCCAGGGUGUUGACACUCCCUCACUUCGCAAUUCAAAUUUUUUCGAAAAUCAGCUUCUAAAUUUUUUUCAAAAUCCAUUUCCAUUUCACGGUGAGGAAAGAACGUAUACUUUUUGUUUCAUGUCAAAUCGUCACGCAUUUACUGUCAAAGACGCACACAAGGGCAGCAUAAAAUCAUGUACAAGUCUUUGUUUAUUACUCAUAAUUUUUUCCUCGCUUGAUUUGAUUUGAGAAAGACCUUCUCUGUAUUUUUAAUUUGAAAUAUCACCCGCCGAUUUUUAUAUUAUUGUGAGCUCACUGAGCCUCUAAGUUUUCAUUUUUUUUUGUCACAGUCCAUUUAGUGUUCUACCAGUCCGAUUUCCAUAACUUUUGCGGCCAUCGGCAGGUGAUAGUUCCUAGGUGGGUCCGCUCUAUUCAGGUUUUGCAGAUAUGACCGUGCCAUAGUUUCUUAUAUCAAGUGAUAACAUUGUGAAUUCUACCAUUGAAACCUUGAAAAUGUUAAUUUUUGUCACAUACUGUUAUAAAGAUCCACGGGACUGAUUUACAUGAUUUCCGCGGCUAUUUUCUGUAUGUUUAGCACUAAUGACAUAAAAUAGGGACAUAAGCAUUUGUUUAUUCAGAUUUUCUUAUUAGAUUUCCUCAUUCUGCAUGUUUAAAUGGAUCAUAAAAUCUGCAAUUUUGAAAUGAAAAUGGUCCGCUACUCUUUCUAACCGGAAAUUUUAAAGAAAAUUGUUUUUAAUGUAAUUUGUAAAAUAAAACGGUUUAUAGUAAAGAAUAAGAAAACAUCCAUUUUACAAAUGAAAUCGUAUCCUACGAGGCUAAAUGUUAGCGCAAAACAGAAGGAAAAGAGAAAAUGCGGUUUUCAUGUUUACACUCACUAUUCCUGGAAGUUGUCAGUUGUCAACAUCCGUGAAAUUAUUUAACAAAGACUAAAUUAUGUUUAUAUCUUCUGUGAGAUGAUCACUUCAUAGUUGUGAGAGGUGGAAACUUUUACCACGAAAUCUCAAAUACUGCGUUCUCAACAAUUUCAGUUGCCUCAGCUCGGCACCUUGCUGUGAAAAUGUCGCAUUAUUACCGAAUGCCGAUCUUUGGAGGAUCAUUUGGACUUUUUUGUACCGAUUACCGAAGAGAACUUCGAAUGAUAAUCGAGUAUAGUUGGAGGAUUGCGAUGCUUAAAAAUCUCAUCUUUUUUUUAAUUUUUUGGUAGAGAACCGACAAACAUUCUCGCUUAAAAUGUUGUGGAGGGACCGUUCAUUUGGGUUAGAAAAAUUUUAACUGUUUCCAAGUCAGGAUGUCAGUGGACUUCCCUCCAAAAAUUCAAAUAAAAGAUCAGAUUUUGAAACAAGCAACGAAGAUGUGGCUGUUUUGUUUAACUCAAUCUAUUUCUACUUGAGAAAUUGUUGUAUGAUCCUAGAGUAUCUUGGCAGGUCUCUGAUGAUCUUUGAUGAUGAUUAAUUCUCACUAGCAUGGACAAUUAUUGUAGUCAUAAAAAUACGCUUGAAAAAUUUCAGUAUUACCCGAACUUUUUACACUCAAAGGACACCUGAACCCUCUGUUCCCUGUAUACCGGAGAAUUACUUGCGUUUAGUAAUUCGGCAGCGUGAAGUGAACGAAAAAAUUCUACUUUCUAGUAUUAGGCUGGUGGAGUUUUGUUUUUAUACGAUUUUGGCUCACCAUGAUAUGUAGAUACAGUAAACAAAUGUAGAUAACUGUAAACGUGGGGCUUUUUUUUCUUAACUUUGCUCGCGGCUCUAAGUCUCAAAGACGGGAUAUGUAAGAGGAUUUUAAACGCAACAGAUUUAUUCCCAUAUAUCAGGGUUAGAACACUUGUGAAACAUUGCAUUUUUUUCUAUUUUGGUUUCCCUCGAACUGGUGAGUUUUUCCAGUGUCCUAGAAGUGGUGGCGGCAUUUUUAUACCGGCUUCUUGUAUGAUAAUAGUGUUACCGAAGCGUACAUUUUGACUUAUGCACUGACUGGUUUUGAAUGAUUCAGAAACCAAUAUCAACCAGCCUCUCUAUCUCUUUUUCUACUUCUUUUACAAAAAAAAAAAAAAACCAGAAAUCUGUUGUUUCCUAUCUUUCCGCCAAAUUCCCGUAAGACAUCUUAUUUAUACUGUGUAAUUAUUUUUUUACAAGUCAUUAACUGCGUAAUGCAUUGUAAAAUCUUUGAUCAUUUAUUUUGUUCGUUUAAGUAACGCCUUAUAACUUUAGUUUAAAAGAAUAUCGUUUUACAUGAUAGAAUAAUACCCAAGAUUUUUUUAUGUAAAUAAAAAUAACUCAAUCUGUAAACCUCGAA